AUGCCCGUCUCCAACUUCACUCAAGAUGAGCUGGACGAGAUAUACGCUUUUGCCGUGAACCUCGGUCGGAAAGCUGGUGACAUGUUGAUGGACAGAGUAGAGCAGCGUAUCUCUGGUGGUGAUCAGAAAUUCGAGGAGAAGGAUAGCUCCGUUGAUAUUGUGACGCAGACAGAUGAGGAUGUGGAAGUAUUUAUUCGCAAUGCAAUUCAGAGCAAAUACCCUGAACAUAAAUUCCUCGGUGAAGAAACCUACGCAAAGGGUCAAUCCCGCGACUAUCUAAUUACUGAGGAGCCAACAUGGUGCAUUGAUCCUCUGGAUGGUAAUUCCAACCCUUCCAUUCUUUCGAAUAUCAAUUUUAGUCGCAAGUCCACUAACACUGAUCAAGGAACUGUAAACUACACACACAUCUUCCCUAUGUUCUGCGUCUCUAUCGGCUUCAUAGUCCAACACCGCCCUAUCAUCGGCGUAAUAUACGCCCCCUUCCAAGACCAACUCUUCUCGGCCUGCCCAGGCCGUGGCGCCUGGUUGAACGAGAAGCGCCAGCUCCCACUAAUCCGUAAUCCCAUUCCACCCAUGCCGGCGAACGCACCCUCGCAAUGCAUUUUCUCCUGCGAAUGGGGUAAAGAUCGGCGCGAUAUUCCGGACGGAAAUAUGCAUCGCAAGAUUGAGAGUUUUAUAAAUAUGGCCGCGGAAUUGGGAUCGCGUGAUGGGAAGGGUGGCAUGGUGCAUGGAAUGCGGAGUUUGGGUAGCGCCACACUGGAUUUGGCAUAUACAGCCAUGGGAUCGUUUGAUAUCUGGUGGGAAGGAGGUUGCUGGGAAUGGGAUGUUGCUGCGGGUAUUGCUAUUCUGCUUGAGGCGGGUGGAUUGGUAACUACUGCCAACCCACCGGAGAACCCUGAUACAGCGCCUAUUGGAGAUAUGCGCCUUGGAAGCCGGUUAUAUCUCGCCAUUAGACCUGCUGGACCAUCGGAGACGGAGACGGGUCGCGAAUCACAGGAACGUACUGUGCGGGAAGUUUGGCGGCGAGUCCGUCACUUGUCUUAUACUCGACCUGGUGCGUAA